AUGGCAUCCUCCCCGACACCCCGUGAUAUCCGCCGGCUCGCAUCCGACCAUGACUUUGUGUAUGGUGCGCACCCAGCACCGAGGCGACUCGGGUGGUGGCCCUUCGUUGCGACCCACCUUACCCUUCCGGCCGCGGUGGUCGCAGGAGUCAUCUUCACGGUAGUUGCCAUCGUUUACACCAUCGAGUUGAGCAAGCAGAUGCUGGAAUGUCCGUCUUGGGCCAAUGCCUGCCAGACAGCGGACAAGUGGACAGUCGAAAACCUGGGGACGGUUCAGGGCAUCAUCACGAUGGUGUACCUCAUCGGCAUGGUUGCUCUCGCCUAUGCUGCACUGGGCUUGUGCGAGGCGACCAUCUGGCCCCUGCUGCAAAAGCAGUCGUUCACCAUUAGGGGGCUGAAUGCCUACCUGUCAACAACCCGCGGGUCCAUCAUGUUGGCACCCAUGGCAGUCAUGUCAGUGAGGUCACUGGCCGCAGCCAUAGUCCUCGCCUGCGCUCUUGCCGUGAACCUUCUUCCCUUUGCCUCACCUCCCCUGGUCGGACACGCGUACUCUCCAGACUGGCAGACAGUCCACCUCGGGAGCAACUACACCCCGGGCGGAGGCAUCAGCCAGCUGUAUGCGCAAACCAACCCGCCCAAGUCGGUGAUGGUUCGGGUAUCGGCUGAGUACAACGCCUGGGCAUCAGACCCGGCAUCGGAGCCCAUGCCAGACUACCGGGACUGGUACAUUGACAGGGAGGCUCUAAACUCGAGGGGCAACUUCACAAGCAAGGCCGUCCGGUUCCAGACCUCCAUCUCGUGCCGCCCUUACCAGCUCCAGCAGCUGAACAAGGAUAACCUCUGGUGGAAUGCUUUCCGAACCAACAUGACACGCACCAACAGCAACUCGACAAAUCCUGGAGACAGGAACAGCAGCGCCGAGAUCUGGGUCCGUCCCCAAGCGCAGCUCACUCUGUGGGCGGACGACGUCGACUUCGUCUCCGACCGGCGCACGCGCACGACCCUCGUCUUCGCGGCGCUCAACGGGACCAUCCACGGAGGUGCCCUCACCCAGCUCCUGCUGGGAAACUUGACCAGCGCCUCCUCCAUCGCGUGCGGCGUAGACAUCGAGGUAGUUGACGACAUCCUCUCGGUCGGAACCAACAUCCCAACCAGAUCCGACAUCCCGAUUCUCUCAUCAACAGACACCCUCACCCCCAGCCCUGCUGCAGCCCCACAAUUUGCCCUCAAUGAGCUCCUCCUCUGGUUUACAGUUGCGCCCCUGCUGGUGAGCCCCAGCGUGGACGGCACCCAGCCGAUGUUGACUAACUCCUCCGCCACGGGGCUGCCCAUCGCCUACACCGCCAUCACCACCAUCUCAUCAUACAUCCAAAACUCCAACAUUUGGACAAUCCCCGGCCUGGAAAGCUUCAUCCGCCUCUCGAUCGGUGCCCUCGCCCAAGCCACAACCUCCUCCUCCUUCUCCUCCUCCGCCCCCUCAUCGCCUUCUGAUCCCAACGCCGUGAUCACCCUAACCACCACAACCAUGACCCGCAAAUUCGUCCCCUUCCGCGCCCUCCUCCUGCUAAUCCCACCCCUCCUCAUCAUAGCAAUCAUAGCAGCCCUGGCAGUAUACACCAGCCACCUCCACUCCCAACACUCCAUCCCCGUGAUGCGGCAGGCCGAUCUGGGAGAGCUGCUCAAGAGCUCGCAGACGGCCUGGCUGCGCGAGGUGGCGG